AUGAUGUUCACAAAUCAAGGAAUGAUGUUUAAUGACUAUCAGUUGGAGCAACAGUCUUUUCGUGACUUAAACCGUCACGAGAAGAGCUUGGGACUGCUCACCGAAAAGUUUGUGCAGCUAUUAAAAGAAGCUCCGGAUGGAAUUCUAGAUUUGAAAAUGGCCGCAGACUUCUUGGCCGUACGUCAGAAGCGUCGUAUCUACGACAUCACUAACGUCUUAGAAGGCAUUGGAUUAAUAGAGAAACGGACAAAGAAUAGUAUACAAUGGAAAGGUGGAAGUGCAGCAACCAACGGGCCAGAUAUCCAGGCCCGUCUAGAUGAACUUCAAGCAGAGGUGGAGUAUUUAGAAAAUCUCGAAAAGAAAGUCGAUGAACACAAAUCCAAAGUUCUCCAAUCGUUAAAAAAUGUUCAAGAGGAUUUGGAUAAUUUGCAAUACGCAUAUGUGACGCAUCAAGAUCUGAUUAAUAUCUUCCAAGAUCGCACCAUGCUUGUGAUCCGUGCCCCACCGGGCACACGUCUUGAAGCCCCAGUUCCAGAGAAUCCGGGUGAACAACCUGUCCAAUCACUUUUCUCUUUGAAGAGUUCGUACAAGGUCCAUGUCAAAAGCUACACCACUCCCAUCCAUGUGCUUCUGGUCAAUCAAGAGGAGGGCAACGACCGGGCCCGUGUUAUGCCAGUGACCGGGACUGCGGACACGUUGAGUCGCCGAACGGCCAACGGAGGUGCAGGUAUGAAAGAAAAUGCCCUUGUCAGCCCGUUGCUACCGCUAAGCCCACCUCCGAACGAGUGCGACUUCAGCUACAGCCUUGAUGACACAGAAGGAGCAUGUGACUUGUUCGAUGUACCAAUUGCUGUCCCCAGUACCACUUCCAGUAACUAA